AGACUGCUUAUUCGUGGAAGUCUGCAAUGUUCAGCAGAUUUGCAUCAGGGUUGGGUUAAACUUACUUUAGUCAGACAUCUACACUCCUUCUUCCUGAGUGGUCAUCAGACCUUUCAACUUCAUCAACUGAGCCUAGGACAGUUUGUUCAAUUCCUGACUGACCAAAAAUGUUUUUGGCCAAAAGACUAAUUGGUGGCAUUCUAGAUGUUGUAAGCAACAUCGAUCCAGGACAGUUUGUGCCAUCAGACCCACCCGCCCCUCGAAGGCCUCUUGCGUACGCAGAGCAUAAUGAGAGUGAUGAAGAGAGACAGUUUCGCAAAGUCUUCCAACAGUUGGCUGGCGACGAUAUGGAAGUGAGCGCUACUGAGCUGAUGAACAUCCUCAACAGAAUCAUUUCCAAACAUGGAGAUCUUAAGACGGACGGCUUCAGCAUUGAGUCCUGCAGGAGUAUGGUGGCGGUGAUGGAUAGCGACAGCACUGGAAAGCUCGGCUUCCACGAGUUCAAACACCUCUGGAACAACAUCAAGAAAUGGCAGGGUGUGUACAAGGCAUAUGAUGCUGACCAUUCUGGCAUCAUUGGAGCUGACGAACUACCGACUGCUUUCAAGGCUGCAGGUUUUCCUCUGAACGACCAGCUGUUCCAGAUGAUCAUCCGCAGGUACAGCGACGAGGACGGGAACAUGGACUUCGACAACUACAUUGGCUGCCUCGUCAGACUCGACGCCAUGUGCCGUGCCUUCAAGACUUUGGACAAGGACAACAAUGGGACCAUCAAGGUCAACGUCCAGGAGUGGCUCCAGUUGACCAUGUACUCCUGAGUGUGUGAAUCCCCUCCGCACGCUGACCGAACCACUAAACGUCUGCUUCGCAACAUGCUGAUGGUUCACACAGACAGGCCUUCGUUCUGUGUCUGCCUGGUUGCUGCUGAAUUCUUCCAAUGGGAUAAUUUGUGUUUCUGCUUUGUAAUUGUUUUGAGGUUUUCGUUUGCUUGUGCCACCGUUGUCAGACGGGUGGGGGUGAGGGUUGGUGGUGGGUGAGUGGGGUGGGGGUGGGGGGGGGGGGGGGGGGGGGGGGGGGGGGGGGGGGGGAGUGGGGUGGGGUGUAGGGGGGGGGUGCAGAAUCCUGUUCACACAGCAUCCCUGUACUGAUAUUAACCUCCACUCUGCUGUUGUGCCAAUAUUGGGAGCCAAAUCAUAUGCUUGGGCCAGAUCAGAAUGCUGUUGUACCCCGUGAGGAAUAACAGAAAUGCAUACUUAUAUAUUUCUAAAUACACAAGUUAUUCAUUAAUAUCGGUUGCAGUGGCAUGUUUUUUUUCUUCAAUUUUUUCUGUACACAUCUUUGUUAUUAGUGCACAUUGAUUGUGGAUAAUAGUCUCGUCAGUGUUCGGGGUAAUGCUGUUAAGCACUUGACAUCGUGCACUUGGACUGUGCGUUCUCCAGUGUUGUCUGGCCAUUGUCGCUCCAAAGGUGUAAUUGGGAUCAUAGAUAUAUAUAUAAAGGCUUUAUAUAUAUCUAUGAUUGGGAUGCCUAUGACGUCAGACAAUGGCAGCUUAAAAUAACUCAGGCAUGUUGUUUGUUUUCAACAAUGGAGGACAAAGAAAAAAGUGUUUUGCGCCAUUGGUGCAUGAAGCCAAUUUGUAAAAAAAUAUAUCGAGGAUUAAAAAUGUCUUGGUUACCUGUUGCCAUAGUCACUGCUCGGUUCCUGAAAUACCCUGUGUCAAAUUUUAUAUGGAAUGAAAUAAAUGAUAACAACAU